CGAAAAUGGGAUGGUUUGGGCCAUAAAGGUAUUCGAUUUGCAGCUAGAAGGUGCAUUUAAAAGCUUUGAUCGAGAAUGUGAAGUCUUAAGCUGCCUUCGUCAUCGAAAUUUAACUAGAGUAAUUACUGCUUGCUCUAGCCUUGACUUUAAGGCUUUGGUGCUCGAAUACAUGCCCAAUGGAAGCCUUGAGAAAUGGCUUCAUUCAAAUCCUCAUUUCUUAAACAUCAAGCAACGAUUGGAUGUUAUGAUAGAUGUGGCUUGUGGUUUGGAAUAUCUCCAUUAUGGUUAUUCAACUCCUAUAGUUCACUGUGAUUUGAAGCCUAGCAAUAUUCUACUGGAUCACGACAUGGUUGGGCAUGUUUGUGAUUUUGGAAUUGCAAAGUUGUUGGGAGAUGGAGAAGCUGUGGUACAAACAAAAACUCUUGGUACAUUUGGAUAUAUUGCCCCAGAGUAUGGACUGGAAGGAUUGAUUUCAACAAGUAGUGAUGUUUACAGCUUUGGGAUUAUAUUGAUGGAGACAUUUACAAAAAGAAAGCCUAAGGAUGAGAUGUUUACAGAAGAAUUAAACCUCAGGCGUUGGAUACAAGAAUGCACACCAGAUUCUGUGAUUCAGGUUAUAGACGCAGACUUGCUUCAUCCUGAAGAUAAAACAGUACAAAGGAAGAUUGAAUGCUUAUCGUCUAUCUUGCAACGUAGUUUAAGUUGCACGACAGAUGCUCCUGAGGAGAGAAUAAACAUGAAAGAAGUUCUAGGAGCAUUGCGGAAGAUCAAACUUCAGUUUAUCAAAGAUAUCACGCCUUGAAGUAGAUAGUAAUACCAUUAUAUAUGAGAUAAUCCAUUAGCAACUUUUUCUGCAAUUGCAUAGCAUAUCGAAAUCUCAUUCCAAGGCUUACCAUUCAUUCAAGUAGUACUCAUGUUUUUCUGCUGAGUAUAUGGCAGAGCCCUGGAGUGCAAAUUUAUAUGGGGGAAUUCUUUGUCUUGAACUAAGGAAUGAGAUAUUUUGUAUUGCCAAUAAAUUUGUUUACGGAUAUGGAGACCUUAAGUUCAUGAUCCCAAUUUAUAUAUAUGUUGACUUGGUGUUUAUGCUUGUCA